AUGGCAGCGAUCGGCGCCCCCACCGUCUUCGUCGCCGCCGCCGCCGCCGGACCGUCGCAGGCUCUAGGGCUGCCUCGGCUGAGAGUGGCCAAGGCCGCGAGGCUGAGGUGCAGGUGCAGCUACUCCAAGGACCUCGUGAGAAAGGCGUCUUCGGCUCUGGCUCUGGUGGUAGUCAAGGGCGCACCUCUGCUCGCUGAGGCGAGUGCCCUGAUGGCGGCGGCGGGCCCAAUGCUGGCCCCGCUGCUGGUGCUGGCACUGGUCGAUGAGCGGAUCAUGCCAACGGAGGGUGCCGGGAUGAACAACGACCUGCUGGGGUGGAUCCUGGUGGUUGCCUCGGGCCUCGCCUUGUCCUCCAUCGUCUACUCCAUCCUCGACGACGACGACGAUGACGACCAGUCCAACGCCGGUGGCAUCACGAUCUGA